GCAAACCCCAUCCUGGCCAUGACCUGAACCAGAGAUGAGCUGAGAAACCGAAUAAACACGAGAGAAGAUCCCGCUUAUAGUCCCUACCAAACAUGCGCCAUGAACAAGCGCCAGCACGGGGAGUCAUCGCUGUCGCAGCCACCAGAGCAUCCCAGCAUCACCACCAACUCUGCUCCCAACAAUGACAACAGCCUGUUGCCCAUCAAUGACCUGCUCUCCUCCACGGACGAGCAGCAUCCUCCUGCUGCUCAUGUUAAGAGGCCCAGGCACUUCAUUGCCUCAGUGGUAUUACGAACCCUGUGUCCUGUCUUCUCUCGACCUUUAUUUGCAUAUAUAGAGUGGUAACAGAGUUAUCCAGGCAUGCGAGAACUGUCGACUCAAGAAGACGCGAUGCGAUGAGUCCAGGCCCAGGUGCGGCUUGUGUAAGUCGCUGGGGUUGGAAUGUGUCUAUAAUGACCGUAAAUCUACCAAACGAGAUCAGUCGUUGAGCAUGAUCAUAAGCACGCUCCAUCGACUAGAGACCAAGCUGGAAGGUCUCCCAUCAACCAUCUGCAAUGAUAUGCAAUCUGUCGUCCAGGGACAGGUGCUUCAUGAUUUCAAGGGAUCGCAUCAUCUACAGGGUCUUAGUCCUGGUGGACGCAUGCUGCGUGUCCCGUCGACAACACCUGCAAUCGAAGAGUCCGACAAAUUCGAUAUCGAAAAGCAGCACCAGGAUGACGCUGAUUCUACAGGACAAAUAUCCAUUUCUUUCAGCCAGCAUGGUGUGAUCCUCUGGCCGGGAGCGCGGAAGAUCCUGCCAGAGGCAAUCCUCACAGCGCAUGAGGCGCUCGGGGAGAACUACGUUAUUGAAUCUGAGAUGAAUCGCCCUCCGUUACCCAUGUAUAUCCAGCCAUUCCCUCCACAAGCCGGGGAACAUUGGCUCGAGGCUCUCCCCGUUACGGUGGUCAAGGGUCUCUCUGAUUCAUUUUUCGCCAUAUUCAACCCAUUCACUCCCAUUAUCGACAAAGUCUUCUACUUCACAUUUACGCUGGGAGCAGCGAUAGAGAGCGGAUUCGGCUACACCAUAGAGAGCUGUCUGGUGCUCAAUGUCAUGGCCUUGGGCUGUCUGGCUGUCCGGGCUCUGCAGGAGGGUAACUAUCCGCUUCCUGGAACAAGGAGCCAUCGCUUCGAGCCGCCGGACUGGAUGAGUGUGGUUCAUGAGGAGCCGUCAGGUUUACGCUUCUUUAAUGAAGCCCGAAGACGCAUUGGGUUUUUGAUCUGCGGCAAUGACAUUCAGAGCUGCCAAUUCUAUCUGCUAUCUUCCGUGUAUUAUACCCAAAUACUCCGCCCUAUGGACUCAUGGGCCAUGAUUCACCGCGCCGCAACGUGUUGCCUUUCAAUGUUGACAAAUCACCGAGUUAACUUCGACGAGUGGGAAGGCGACAUGAAAUCCCGGGUGUUCUGGAACUGCCUCAUGGUCGAGACAAUCCUUGUACAAGAGCUCCAUCUUCCCCCCAGCGGACUCCUGCGAUUAGAAGAACUGGUUCCUAUUCCCAAGUUUAUUGGGUUUGAAACUGCAGGAUUUGUGCCGGCCAAGUUUCCAUCGCUGUGCGACGAGCUGGACGAUUCCUACUUCCAGUACCACUUCCUAGCACAGGUUGCUCAUCGGAUUAUUCUCACGCGGAUACGGCAUUCCUUGUACUUUUUCUCCGACUCAGGAACCUUCCCUCUCCCAGCCAUCAACACCGAACUACACCACCAGCUCGAGCAGUGGCGCAUCAACCUCCCUCCUCCCCUCCAAUUCUCAACAGCAGACACGAGCACAAUCCCCAACAACCCAUAUGCUUCAUCCGUCCCCGCUUCCGCUUCCGCAUCUGUAUCUGUAUCUCUCUCAGCCUCCGCAUCUCCCAUGUCCCCAUUACCCAUGGACCCGCACCGGCCCCUCUCUCCCGCCUCAGCCGUCGCAGACGCCAUGCUCAGAGGCCGGUACAAAAUCGCCAAAUUCCACAUCGGCCGUCCAUACAUAUAUAAGGCGCUCCGGACCCCGUCGGCCCUGACGGAGUACGAUCUGGAACAGGUCAAAAGUGGACUGCGAAAUGCAAUGGAUUGGCCCAUUAUCCAGGGUGUAUUUAGGAAGAUGAAGAGUUGCAUUCCUAUCAAGUUUGCUUUUUGUUCACAAUUCUUCGGCCAAAUCCUCCUGUUCUACUGUAUAUCGCGCUCUCCCGAUCCUAGAAUCAGAGAUACCCUCCCUCUCGGCUGGGAAAGGUGGAAUGACGAGAUGCUUCUGUUUAUUGAGGAAUGUGCCCCAUACAGUCCGGCUAUCGCUAAGGAUUUGGAGCUAUUGCAGCUUUUGUUGGUGUAGCACCUUUCUUGCUUUCUUUUUCUUACCUCUGCUUAUUAUAUUGGAUGGGAUUCUCCUUGGCUUUAUCUUGUAUGCCCAAUAUUUCUUCCUUGUAAAUAUAAAUGUAUGGGGUAUAUAUAGGCACUGGAAUUCUCCUGAUACAUACUAAGAACCUAGUUCAUGUCAA